AUGCAGCCACGGGACGGACGUCCAGCAUCACCAGCUGGGCAUACCCCCAACCCCGGCAGUGGCGUACACCCCGCCUACCACAGCCACGCCGCCCAUCCACACAGCAGCUACGGUCAUCCUGCCUAUCAGCGCUCACCUCUCGCCAGUCCCUCGGCCUACCCUAGCUCGCAGCCCACGUACAGCGUCUACGGCGCGCCUUCUAGCAGCCGCCCUUCGCCUGCCGCGCACCAGCUCCAGCAUCCCGACCACUCCGCCAGCAACAGCAGCAGCGGCGGCAUCGCCAACGGCCUUGCAUCGCUUGGUCCCGGCGGCGGCCGCGCCUCGCCCUACUCUUCACCGCAACUAAAGGCCUUCUCUCACCGGACAGUGUCCCAGAGGUCGAGCCCCGAGGUCAAUCACAGCUUCCCGUUCCAGCAGCAGCACCAGACCAUGGCGCCCUACGCCACCUCGUCGUCGAUGAGCGCGGCACACCUUCCUGCAUCGCCCCUCGCCAACUCGGCCGACCUGUCCGACGCCUCCCAAGCGGCCCCGGGCGGGAGCCGGGCCAAGCCUCCGGCCAAGAAGCGUAAGACGGAUGGCGAACCGUCGGCCAGCCGCGAGAACAGCGUGGACCCGACACGCGCCGGCGCCUCUAGCGACGGCAAGGACGGCAAGGCCACGGGACGCGUGGCCAAGGCGUGUCAGCCUUGCAGCACAAAGAAGCGAAGAUGCGACGGACGGCAACCGGAGUGCUCCGUCUGCCAGGUGCUGGGCUCGCCGUGCACCUACAACCACACCGGUCUCAAACGGGGCCCUCCAAAGGGCUUCCGGUCCGGUCCCAAGGAGUCGGCCAAAGCGAAGCUGAUCCGAUCCCUCGAAACGACCGUCCGCGACCUCAUCAGCCAUCUCGGCAAGGAAGAGGCCGGGUCCGAGAUCCUUAGGGUGUCCUCCAACCGCGAGUUGGGUCUCAGCAAGGAAGGCGGCGCCGAUGACGAUCUCGCACGAGCUCAGGGAUCACGAGGUGCAGCCGCUUCUUCGUCCGCCGCGAUCAAGGCAGAGGCUCCGGAUGCCAGGCCCGCAGGCUCGCGCGGCAAGACGGCAACCGCAGGUGUCGAAGAAUCCGGCGAGACCUCGGAGGCGUCCGACGAGGACGUCAUCGGCGACACGCGGAUGGGUGAACCCGUCUAUCGCGGCUCGAGUUCGGGCAUCGGCAUCCUCCAGCGGCAGCAACACCGCGCAGAGUCGCCCGCUCCCCCACAGCUGCCGCAGCAGGGCACCGCGGGUUCUGCGAGCUCAGCAUCGGGCGCCGCGAGAUCGAAGCUCGACGUGGGCAGGAAGCCUGGACAGCUGCCCGGGCAUCCGGUCUUUGUGCCCAUCGCGUCCCCUCGCACCGUCGGCAGUCACCAGUCCGGCGGAGGCGACACUCCGACCAGCUCCCACGCUCGGUCUCCCGUCGUUCCGCGCCGAGACUCUCCCAAGCUCGGCUCGCAGAGCCCUGCCAAAGGCGUUGCGGAGCCGUCCUCCGCGGUCGAUGCCACCGCCACCGCCGCCCUCGCUGGAUCCGCGUCUGCGGCCCCGGUCCCUGCGGUCUCGGACGAAGAGAACGCACGGCUCUUCCGCUACUACUGGCAGGGCUUCCAUCCGUUCUGGCCGCUGCUCUACAAGCCAGGCAUGACCAGCCAUCCGGUCGAGCAGCUCCGCCAUGAGCUGGAGCCGUGCCUGCUCUACUCGAUCUACGCGAUCGCUGCUUGCAUCGUGCCGGGCAACCGUACAGCCGCAGCUGCUGCCGCAACCUCGUCGGUCGAAGACGCGACGGUCGCGCACGAUCACGAGCGGGCGCAGCUCUUCAGCGACACGGCCGAGCGGCUGCUGUUUUCCAAGGGCCUGCGGCCGGAUAUUCCGACCAUCCAGUCGUGCUGGUUGCUGUGCCUGUACUCUCACGGCACGGGCGAUCUGUCGCGCGCGUGGAACUUCCAGAACCUGGCCUCGUCGAUGGCCGUCGACCUCGGCCUCCACCGGUGGCCCAUCUACCGCAGCCAGAUCGUCGAUGAUCCGCUGCGGCGCGAGACUCGGAUCCGGCUCAUCUGGCACUGCUACAUCAUCGACAAGGUGCUGGCCGCCGAGAUGGGCCGGCCCGUAGGGCUGCGAGCAAAGGACUGCGACGUGCCCCUGCUGUCCGAGACAGCCGAGGACGAGUUCGAGCUGUGGUCGGAGCAGACCGAGAUGCAGACGGGUGCUGGGACGGCGGCUCAGCAGCCGAACGAGUUGGCACCGCGUUACCUGCACGCUCCCUCGUGCCUCAACUGGGGCAUCCACCUGUUCAAGAUCGUCGAGCGUGUCCUCGACGAGGUCCACUCGCUGCGGCGCAAGGCGCUGCUGCGGAAGCAGGGCAAGGGCAAGGUGCUGGCCGAGCUCGACAAGGCGCUGACCGAUUGGCAAACCAAGCUGCCCAAGCAUCUUCAUCUCGACCAGGAGGCGCGCGACGGGCCGCUGCCAAGCUUCUUUGCGCUCAACCUGUGGCACUACACUGCGCGCCUGCUGCUCCACCGGCCUUUUAUUCCGCAAGAAGAGGGGCUUUCGCUGGCCGAGGUGGUGGCCAACGACAGCCACCGCAAGAGCACCGAGGCGGCCAACACCAUCUGCGACCUUCUGGAGCAGUCGUCGACCGACUUUGUCGACCGCCUCUCGACCGAUCUGGGCUACUGCCUCUUCACCGCGGCCGUCAUGUUUGUCUUUAACGCUCGGCUGCCGGAUCCGCAGAUCUCGUCCGACGCCCGGCGGCGGUACCAGCUCUGCUGCAAGUGGCUCAAGAAGCUGGCCGACACCUGGCCCGCCGCUUCGGCACAGAAGCUGCUGCUCGAUGGCUUUGCGCUAGUCGGACAGGAUGCGUCCAAGUCCAACGAGGCCCCGGCGCGAAGGCCCUCGAUCGCCGCGCUGGGCAUGCUUCACCAACAACAGCAGCAGCAGCAGAUGGCAGCCAGCCAGGGCAACUCGGCGCCGACGGGCUCCAAUGUUUCGGCGUGGAUCGCCGAGACGGACGCCGCCACCAAGGCGCAAGGUACCGGCACCGGCACUGGCACUCACGCUCCGGUCACAGCAGCACACCGGGUGCAGGGGUCGGGGCAGACGGCGCAACCGAGCCAGACAGGGGCGGGCGCCACUGGUCACGGCCAGGCCGGCGGCGUCCAGCCUCAGCCAGCGAUGCAGCUCAGCCAACCACCUCUUGCCGGCGCCGCGGCACCUUUCGCCUACAACCCGUCCUCGGGCCCACCGCAGCAGCAGCAGCAGCAGCAGCAGCAGCAGCCGGUCGCCGGCUUCAGUGCGGCCGAGCUCAGCUUUGCGCCCGGCAUCUUUGACGUCGAGUCGUUCUUCUGGAACGAAAACAUUGCCAUGAACGCGCCGUUUAUGCAGCAGACGACUGGUGCCUAUCAGUAUGCUCCUGCCACACCAGUCCAGCACCAGCCGCACCAUCAGCACCAGCAACAGCAGCAGCAGCAGCAGCAGCAGCAGCAGCAACCACUCGGUGGCUUCUUCGGCCUCGACAGCGUGCCGAACAUGCAGCAGCCUGCUGCAAAGCAAGGGAUGAGCCAAGGCGCGCAGGGCAACCGCAGCAACGGGCAGGCGCCACAAUCGCAAGGGGACCCGGCCACCGACGGCCUGUCGAUGCUGGCGCAGGUGACAUCGUCGACGCAGCUGGGGCAGAGCUCGAUGCCGGGCGGCGCGUUUGACCUGCAGCGUGGCAACCAGCAGGGCCUGGCUUACCCUGCGGCGAGCUCCUUUGUGCAUCCGAGCGACGGCAGCGGUAAGCCGGUGGCGGCGGCGCAGCAGGCCAAUGGCCAGACGGCGGCUGCGUCGCAGCACACGGGCAUGACACCCUUUGUGUACCCGGUCGACGUCGCGCCCAAUGGCGGCACCGGCGGCGGCGGGCACAGCGGCAGCAACAGCAACGCCGCCAUGGGCGAAUUCUGGAGCAUGCUCGAGCUGCCGCCCACAUUUCUGUAG